AUGCCUACGUUCCUUGGACAUUUUAAUAUCUGCACCAUGGACAGCAAAGAAGAUGAAGCAAUUACACCAGAACUUUUGAGUUUUUUUUAUUCAAGAUUCUUUCCCUAUAAAACAUAUGUCAAUUGGUUGAAUUAUGGAACUGAAUCCAAUGCCGCAUUUAAAAAUCGUGAACUCAGUUUCAUGCUACCAUCGGAGGCGUAUCUCCGUUAUCAUUCUUAUAAUGGUGUUGAAGAUCUGAAAGCAGAGAUCAUGAAAAUGUGUCCUACGAAGAUCGAUAUUGGUGCAAUUUAUACUGCUAAACCAAGAGAUAGAAAAUAUCUGCGACUAUCUGCCUUUAAGCCUGCUGAGAAAGAAUUAACAUUUGAUAUUGAUAUGACUGAUUAUGAUGAUAUUCGAACUUGUUGCAGUGGCGCGUCUAUAUGUCACAAAUGCUGGAAAUUCAUGACAGUUGCAAUCAAGAUAAUUGAUGUUGCUCUUAGAGAGGAUUUCGGAUUUAAACACUUACUUUGGGUAUAUUCGGGUCGACGUGGUGUUCAUUGCUGGGUUUGUGAUGAAAGCGCUCGCAAAUUAAGUAAUGAAACUAGAUCAGCAAUUGUAUCAUACCUUUCAGUCGGCGGCGCACAAGUAAGCAAGAAAGUGCAAUUAAACAGGGCCUUACAUCCAUUUCUUAGACGGUCUUUAGAGAUCAUCGAAAAUUAUUUUGAGGAUAUAGUAUUAAAAGAUCAGGAUGUGUUGGGUUCUGAAGAAAAUUGGACCAAAGUUUUAAAUUGCAUCCCAGAUAAUGAAAUAAUAAAAAAAUUGUCUAAUAAAUGGAAUGCGUCAAAUUCAAAAUCUUCUGUCGAAAAAUGGGGGGAAUUGGUUUAUGAACUAGAAUAUGCUGCGAAUGCUUCAGGAAGAAAGUAUUCAAAGAAAGCUGAACAACUUCAAAAUUGUAAAUUGGAAAUAAUGCUCCAAUAUACUUACCCAAGAAUCGAUGAAGAAGUGUCUAAACAUAUUAACCAUUUACUAAAGAGUCCUUUUUGCAUACAUCCAAAAACAGGACGUGCUUGUGUACCGAUUCAACCAGAUGAUUGUGAAAAUUUUGACCCAUUUAAAGUACCUACAGUUUCUUCCCUAUAUCAAGAAUUGAACCAACAUACUGAAGGAGAGCGAAAGGUUCAUGGUUACGAGAAAACUUCGUUAAGACCAUACAUCAAAUAUUUCGAAAACUUUGUCAACGGUAUUUUGAACGAAGUUAAAGACAAAAAACAUGAGCGCACAUUUCAUACCACAUCACCAGUAUUAAAACGUCGUCCUCAGGAAAUAAAGAAAAAAAAUAUUGCAAAAAAAUUAUCCAAAUUAGAAGCCGAGAAGGCAUCGAUGCCUGAUCCGGUUGUUGGAGUUCCUACAGAAUUUACAACCUCUUUACUUCGACCUUUAGAAGUUUAUAAAACGGCUGCUGACCUAAAUGCAUCUCGGUACAUGAAUUAUUUUCUCGACAGAAAGGAUGAAGAACUACUAUUCGAAAAAACACCAAAGAAAAUUGCUGAAGAAGUUGAAAAAUCACUUAAAGUUGAAAGUGAAAAAGUCGAUGACAAAGUUAACAAUUCGACAGCAUUAGUUGAAGAAAAAAAAAAGGCUGAAAUGUUGAAAUCAUUAGUUAGUUUACAUAAUUCGAAUGCGAAAAGCAUUAUGAUGUAUAAUGUUAAAAAAACGAUUGAAGAAUUUGGUAGGAACGAGAAUGACACUGGAAGUGCGGAAGUUCAAGCCGCGAUAUUAACAGUACGUAUCCUAAAUCUUCAUGAACACCUCAAAAAUCACCACAAAGAUAAACACAAUUAUCGUGGUCUACGAACGUUAGUACAUAAACGUCAAAAACUUCUAAAAUAUUUAAAAAGAGAAAGCUUAGAAAGAUAUUUUACAACUAUCAAAAAGCUUGGAUUGGAUGAAAGGGUAAUUGAGGGUGAAAUUGUAAUUUGA